GAAAAGUCAACAAUGACCUAACCUCAAACUUCUUGACAAAUUUUCGGACCUUCACCAAAAUGACGUGAUUAUUUUCGAAUCAAUCGAAGCAAAAUCAUUCAAAUGACCACUCUGACGAAAACUAAUGGAGGUCCGGCUUCAGAUACUGACAAUGUGAGUUUUAUGCAUCACGUCCAGUAUCAACACCUCAUAGCUGGUAUAAGCGGCGGCGUCUGUUCGACGCUGGUUUUACACCCCUUGGACUUAUUGAAAAUACGAUUUGAAGUGAACAAUGGGUUGAACUACGACCCUAAUUAUAGGGGUAUAAUAAAUGGUAUAACUACCAUAUUCAAACAGGAAGGAAUUGUUGGUUUGUACAGAGGUGCCGUUCCCAGCACGGUUGGAGCAGGAGCUUCCUGGGGUCUUUACUUUUAUUUUUAUUCCGCAUUGAAGACACUCCAGCAAAAGGGCGACGUUAAUAGUCCCUUGACCCCAAGCCAGCACUUGAUAGCAGCAACAGAAGCAGGUGCAAUGACUGCUGUUAUAACCAAUCCGAUAUGGGUGUGUAAAACACGGUUAUGUCUUCAAAGUAACAAAAUAUCGCAGGUUGAACAUUAUAACGGAAUGCUUGAUACUUUGGUGAAGUUAUACAAAGCUGAAGGAAUUCGAGGUUGGUACCGUGGCUUCAUUCCUGGAUUAUUAGGUGUGUCUCACGGGGCAGUACAAUUUACUAUUUAUGAAGAAAUGAAGAAUACUUAUAACAAACAUAAUGAUACACCUAUUACGACUAAACUUAGCACUAUUCAAUAUCUCACAUUCGCAGCAGUAUCAAAGCUCGCAGCAGUUUCUAUUACAUAUCCGUAUCAAGUAGUUCGAGCAAGAUUACAAAAUCAGUUUUACUCAUAUAAUGGCAUUAUGGACUGUUUGAGAAAAACUUGGAAAAAUGAGGGGUGGAAAGGAUUUUACAAAGGGUUGGGAACUAACUUAGUAAGGGUGGUCCCUGCGACAAUGUUAACUUUUGUUGUAUAUGAAAAUGUGUCUCAUUUUUUGAUUUCUUCCAGUGGUAAACGAUAAGUUUAGUCUAGCAAUUCCUAAUUGUGUUAUGGUGAAAAGUAAUCGAUAAGACUAACAAAUUUUGAUAGAAAAUUCAUGGAAAAUAUGGAACGGGAUUUUGUAUUGCCAUAAAUGCAAAGAAUGUUAUUACUGUUUUGUAUUCCAAUGAUCUGUGAUUGAUGUUGUUAUUUUUAAUAGUUUGUUAGCUGAUUUUAUGUUGAGUAAAUUGUUUUACCAAA